AUGGGUCGGUCACGCCUAGGCGCAUCGAUCGCUUUUGCCCUUCUGCUAUCAGGCAGGGAAGCUCUCGGCUGUUCUCGAGUGACCUAUGAUAGUGGGGAAAACGAUGGCAACCGUAUCGUCGUGGGUCGAUCUAUGGACUGGCUUACGCCGACAAAUUCUAGCAUCUUUGCGUUCCCUGCAGGUCUUGCGAGGAAUGGGUCAGCCGGGACGAACUCGUUUCACUGGACUAGCAAGUAUGGCUCUGUCGUUACCACAGCAUACGACAUAUCGACAGCCGACGGUAUGAAUAGUCAAGGACUGACCGUCAAUCUCCUCUAUCUGGCCGAUGGGGAUUACGGCAAACGAAAUCUUUCAAUCCCUGGCAUGUCCAUCGCAAUCUGGCCACAAUAUUUCUUGGAUAACUUCGCCACGGUGGCAGAAGCCGCGCAGGCUGUGUAUGGCGAAGACGGAGAGCCAUCAUUUCAGGUCCGUACGGCUGCAUUGAUACCUGGGGUGCCCACUCUGAUGCACGUUGCCGUGAGCGAUGCUUCUGGCGACAAUCUCAUCCUCGAGUGGUUGAACGGUACCUUAGUUACCCAUCACGGCACUCAGUUUAAUGUGAUGACGAAUGAACCCGACUAUGACUCACAGUUGGCCAUUAACCAGUACUGGGCACCCAUCGCAAAUAUCUCGCUCCCAGGCACUGACAGGCCGGCGGAUCGCUUUGCACGUCUUGCACACUAUGUGGACGUGGGUCCGGGGUCAAGGGAUCUCGUCAGCGCACUGGCGACCACUGCUGGUAUGAUACGUGCCGUCAGUGUGCCCAUGGAGCCGAUCAAUAUUGACACACCGAACAUCACGCCGACCUUAUGGAGAACGUACGCUGACACCAAAGACUUGACAUACUACUACGAAAGUGCGACAGACGGCAUGUUCUUUUGGGUGGACUUUUCGGAACUAGAUUUGAGCAACAAGGGCCAAACUAUGCAGCUACCGCUCGUCGGUGUCAACUGGACUGACAGAGUCGGGGAUAUGACACAGCAGUUCCAAAAAGCAACCCCUUUCGCUUUUAUGCCUACUUCUGACUGA